CUCAGCCUUGACAGCAGCAGCCUGUGUCUGUGUGUAACUGCGAGUUGAGGAGAAUGGCUCGGACCAAGCAGACAGCGCACAAAUCCACCGGAGGGAAAGCUCCCCGCAAGCAGCUGGCGACCAAAGCGGCCCGCAAGAGCGCUCCGGCCACGGGCGGAGUGAAGAAGCCUCAUCGCUACAGGCCCGGCACGGUGGCUCUGCGGGAGAUCCGCCGCUACCAGAAAUCCACCGAGCUGCUGAUCCGCAAACUGCCCUUCCAGCGCCUGGUGCGAGAGAUCGCUCAGGACUUCAAGACCGACCUGCGCUUCCAGAGCUCGGCGGUGAUGGCCCUGCAGGAGGCCAGCGAGGCUUACAUGGUGGGACUGUUUGAGGACACCAAUCUGUGUGCCAUCCACGCCAAGCGGGUCACCAUCAUGCCCAAAGACAUCCAGCUGGCCCGCCGGAUCCGCGGGGAAGGUAAAGGAGGCAAAGGCCUGGGAAAAGGCGGAGCGAAGCGGCACCGCAAAGUGCUCCGUGAUAACAUCCAGGGCAUCACGAAACCAGCCAUCCGGCGCCUGGCUCGCCGUGGCGGGGUCAAGCGCAUCUCGGGCUUGAUCUACGAGGAGACCCGCGGAGUGCUGAAGGUUUUCCUGGAGAAUGUGAUCAGGGAUGCGGUCACCUACACUGAGCACGCCAAGCGCAAGACAGUCACCGCCAUGGAUGUGGGCGGGAUCUCCGUUCCCUUAAACAGGGAGCACCGCAGCAGCCUCAGCAUUGACAGCAGCAGCCUGUGUGUGUGUUACAGAGAGUUAAAGAGAAUGGCUAGAACCAAGCAGACAGCGCGCAAAUCCACCGGAGGGAAAGCCCCUCGCAAGCAGCUGGCGACCAAAGCUGCCCGCAAGAGCGCUCCGGCCACGGGCGGAGUGAAGAAGCCUCAUCGCUACAGGCCCGGCACGGUGGCUCUGCGGGAGAUCCGCCGCUACCAGAAAUCCACCGAGCUGCUGAUCCGCAAACUGCCCUUCCAGCGCCUGGUGCGAGAGAUCGCUCAGGACUUCAAGACCGACCUGCGCUUCCAGAGCUCGGCGGUGAUGGCCCUGCAGGAGGCCAGCGAGGCUUACCUGGUGGGGCUGUUUGAGGACACCAACUUGUGUGCCAUCCACGCCAAGCGGGUCACCAUCAUGCCCAAAGACAUCCAGCUGGCCCGCCGGAUCCGCGGGGAGCGCGCCUAAACGGAGCAUAGCCGGCCCGGCACAUUCAUCCCGAGAGUAAGAGAAAAACACAACGGCUCUUUUCAGAGCCACUAAACCAGCCAGAGGGAGCAGGAGUCGAUGGGUUACGGAGUACACUGCCCAUGUCAAUAUGAGCGAUAUUGACGGGCAGUGAAGUCAUAUUUAAUGAGAUCUCCCGUGUUCGCAGAGUUUAUUACGACAGAUUGUGAAAUAUAAUUUUAACAUCACAUUGUGGUAGUAGAUUAUAAAUUCCCGCGAAUCUCAUUCUCUGUCUCGGUAUUCAUAUGGCUUGUCGUUGGGGGAUGGCAAAGAUUUGGCGCCAAGACAUCCAAUUGUUACUUGCGGACAUUGGUAUCGUAUUUUAGGAAGUGCACAUGAGCUGAGUAAAGCAUUAAUGGGGAGUCAGUUAAACAAGAAAGUCACAGGCAGCGGCAGUCUAGUUCCAACUACUGAGAUCUCCGGUGAUCGCAGAUUUUGUUAUAAUAGAUUCCAGAAUUUAACUGAUGGGGAUGGGAUAGAAUUGGCGCCAAAAGGUCAACGGCUCAUUUUCAAAUUUGAAAAGCCCACUAACAUGUACAAUAGAACUUUUACAGAGGAGAAUUCGUAGGUACUUAUGCGUUGAUUUGUCUAUCGAUUACAGAAGUGUAGU